AUGCAAUUGGACUCGUUUUUAGAAUUAGGCUUCAUUUUUUUUGGUUUAAUUCUCGUAGUAUCGAUUGAGAUUGACUACUCCUGAGUACUACAACCAACCUGCUCCUAUAAUCAGCGAACCACGAGGACUGGAGUUGUACGUAGAUCUCCUUCUACAACUACAUCUACCUCUACAUACAUUAUAGAAUAAGGUUUCAUUGGACGUAACACCAAACAAGACAAACAGAGCCAUGACAUCUGAUGUGAUGGAAAAACGGGGCGAUUCGAAGGCUUCCGCAGACGGCACUGUGUCAUUCACGCAAGACAAAAAAGGCGGCAGCAAGGACAUUGUGGAACUGGAAGUUCAGGUGACUAUCAGAUCUGCCGAUGGAUCAACGACUAGUUUCAAGCCAGAACACACAACGGUUGUAAACGAUCAAGCUCAACAAGUAGCUGGUCGUGGAGGAAAUGAUGGAGGGGCGGGUGCUGUAGCGCCAGAUGCACCUGCAUCGUCAACAAAUUCUCCUAGAACAAUCGGGGUCAAGGUCGGGGAACCUUCAGCUAGUACGUCGACUGGUGGUGUUGAACUUGAGGAACUGCAAAGACAAUUAGCACAGACUAAAGAGAGCCUGAAGGAAGCGCAAGAGGCUCUACAGGAGACCCAGAAGUUGCUCGCAGAGGAGCAGGCGCAUACAGAAAAGGUUGAAGCAGCACUUGUGCAGAUGGCAGGUAAUAUGCAAGAACUUCAAAAGAUUCACGAAACAGCAUCAGCAGCGCAUAAAGCAGAGAUUGAACGUCUCAGAUCAGAAUUAGAAACAGCACGAGCGUGUUGAGUGGAUGUGGAUGUAGGGUCGUUGGGAUCAUAAGCACCUCGUCCUAGCAAAGAUCUUGCUCGCGGCUUUGAAGGUACAGAUUUUAAAGCGUUGUUGAUGUACCACGCAAGCGAUAUCGAACUUCUUUUAAACUACUCAACACGAGAAACACAUCAAUUUCUGAU